CCAUAUUUUUCUCUAUUGCAGAUAUAAUGAAGAAGGACAAAUGGAAGUUGUUGGUUUUGCAAAUCCGGACCUUGAUCCUCAAGCCCCCGAUACCAGCUUGUGGAAUGCACACCUUGAGAAAGUACCGGUCGACAUGUCCGUUGAGAAAUCUAAAUUUCUGCUUGGACAAGUCGGAUACAAGUUCUGUGAACUUUUCCAUCAGGAGAAAGAGGCAUACUUUGAACAUAUGUCUGAGGACAAAACAAUUGCCUGGAAGCAAGCCGUGCAGGGUGUUCGGGAGAUGUGCGACGUAUGCUCAACCACGUUAUUCAACUAUCAUUGGGUUUGCUCGACUUGCGGUUUCGUAGUGUGCAUAGAUUGCUACAAGGGCCGCAAACAUGGAUAUUGCAAGAAUGAUACUGGCACAAGGGACCGCGAUGGGUAUAUGUGGCUAAACUGUACUACUAGAGAGCCACACAUACAAGAGAAGCUGAUGCUCACCCAAAUCAUCCCAAGCAAUUGUUUGUAUAAACUAGUUCGACAAAUGCACGGUAUAUGUGCAUUGUUGGAGAUUCCUCUAAACUGUGAAUGCCCGCUUAGCAAGGAAUCGUUGUUUCGGAAGAUUAAGGAUAGACUUGAGUUUAUUUAUCCCAUAACUGUGGAACACAUCCGAAAGGAUGAAGACACUUUAAAAACAGAAAGCGUUGAAACUGAUAUGAUUUCGACUGUCGGUGUUGAAACUAUAACUACGACAAAAAUGAUAUCUAUAACGGUUAAAAACAUAGAGAGUAGAUUAAGUGAAGCAGAUAGUGGUACAGUAUGUUGUAAAGUAAUUUUUGGUAGAGAGCUGAGUGCGGACAAAAACCCAGCAGUAGAAAUUUUGAAACGUAGAGAGAAGCAAAGCUAUAGCUUUGAUGGUUUUCAGGAAGAUAUUAAAAUCGAAAGUCUCGAUGAUUACAUUGAAGGACGAAAGACGCCUUUAAAUGAAUGUAAAUUGAAGGUAAACAAUGCCGAACAAACCAAUGAAACUAAAAGUAUCUUAGAAACGACAGAGUCUGACAAAUUUGCUGCGACAAAUGUUGAAAACAAAGAGAAUGGCAAUGAUACACCAUCUGUUAAUGUGCAGUUUGAAAGCACUGUGGAAAAGUGUGUCGAAAAAGAUCCCCUUGAAACAAACUCUGAAAAUAAUAUUCAAAACAGCCAACAUGAUCUCGAUACCGAUUCAAAACUGAUUGAAGCACCUGCCAAGGACUCAGACACUCAAGACGAUCCUCCGUACAACGAGGAGCACCGUUUGAAACCGUCUCCUAAGCUAGACUGGAAAACAUUCAAUAUGAUUGUGAAACAGUUAUUAAAGUUUGACAAGUCUAUUAACAUUUCGGGUCUGUUUGAAAAACAUUUGACUGAAAAAUGUCCUGAGUCGGAAAGUUUAGUUGAUUUCACUGCUGAAAUUGAAGUGAAUCAUACUAAUAUCCAGAGUUUCUUGCAUGACUUUCUUGAUCAGUUUGUGUUUUUGACUGGUCCAGCCGGUAUCGAUAAUCUCGCAGAUAAUGUUCAAAUCUUGGAAUACAACAAAUAUAUUAAAAACUGUAUAGAAUUUCAGAACAAGGGUGAACGCGUUAUCAAUUUGGUGGAAUCGCAAACACUGUAUCCCAACGUUGCUCAUCAGUGGCUUUGUAAUGGUAGAUUGCUCAGGCUUUUGGAUCCAUUAAAUGAUGACAACUAUGCAGCAUUUCACGAUCAAUGGGAACGUGGACAACCCGUCAUGGUAUCUUACGUGUCGAAUAAAAUGGACAUGAGACUGUGGCAGCCACAAUCGUUCAGUAGAGAGUUUGGAGAGGACGAAAAUGAUCUUAUAAACUGUCUUAACGGCAAACUAGUGAAAAGUCAAAAAAUGAAACUAUUUUGGGGUGGUUUCGAAAAGAUCGGACUUCGUUUGCUGGACGAGAGAGAUCGCCCAAUGCUAUUGAAACUAAAAGAUUGGCCACCUGGAGAUGAUUUUGCAGAAAUGAUGCCUAGCAGAUUCGACGAUUUAAUGAUGUGUCUACCGUUAGCGGAGUAUACUCGGCGCGAAGGACGCCUCAAUUUGGCAAGCAGAUUGUGCAGCUUCUUCGUGAGACCUGAUCUAGGACCUAAAAUGUACAGCGCUUAUGGGUCAGCAUUGCAUCCAUCGAAGGGUACAACAAACCUCCACCUGGAUGUGUCGGACGCAGUUAACGUAAUGGUCUAUGUUAGCGUUCCAAAAGAUGUAGACCAGAGCAAGUACAUACAAAAAGUGUAUGAUGCAAUUGACCGUGACGAGUGUGACGUAUACACUCGCCAACGCAUACGCGAGAAGGAUGAGUUACCUGGCGCAUUGUGGCAUAUUUAUCACGCGAAAGAUGCCGAUAAGAUACGUUCUCUACUGAACAAAAUUGAGGUUGAACGUGGUGGAAGUAUAAAAGCAAAUCACGAUCCGAUUCACGAUCAAAAGUGGUAUCUAGACGCAAAUUUACGCAAACGUCUGCUAGAAGAGUAUAACGUUGUGGGUUAUUCGAUUGUACAAUGCUCUGGCGAUGCCAUAUUCAUUCCAGCUGGAGCUCCUCAUCAGGUGCGCAACCUACAUAACUGCAUUAAGGUUGCGGAAGAUUUUGUGUCCCCCGAAAACAUUUCUUACUGUUUCAAAUUAACCAAUGAGUUUCGACACCUCACCAAUACACACUCGAAUCACGAGGAUAAAUUACAGAUAAAGAAUAUCAUUUAUCACACAGUUAAAGAUGCAGUUUCAUGUUUAGCGAAUCCUCUUAUUAUGACUAAGGAUAAAAUAGAUUUGUUGUAAGUUUUAAUUCUUGAUAAACACACUGACUAUAAAAACCUGUGGCUCGUCCAGGAAUUAUUUCGGUUUAAAAUAAUUGUGUAAUGUAGCCGUAUUACUUUAAAUUGCAAAGGAACAAUAUUUUUAGAUUGCAAGUACCUAGUUAUUAAGCAGUGAGACCUUUAAACGUAUUAAUAUAAAUAAAUCAGUAUAAUUUCGAUUCAUCGUA